AUGGCGAAUCAGAUGAGAGUACAUGAGAAAUAUUUAUUUGGGCAAACUCGUGUCACUGAUCAGGGCAGUCAGCAGCUACUCCUGGUCAUAGCAUUUAAGGAAGCUGCUCCUCUGCCACUUAAUAUGGUGAAUGGAAGUUCUUUUAGGGUCCCCAGUUCUUUUGGGGAAAGCCCCAACCCAGAAGGGGGUUUGUUUGGCCCGUGGGGAGGUUUAAAGGUAUCUUAUGGCCUUUUGUUACCUUCGGGGGACCCCAUGGAUUUCGGGGGUUUCCAGGGACGGGGGACAUCUGACGUUGUGUUACGUAGGGGGCCAGUGGAUUUUGCUCUUUUAAAAACUUCUGAAAUAAGGUCGGCAACAGGCAGACUUAAUUGCCUAAGACCCAACUGCGUCAAUGGCCAUAAAUCGUUCUGGUGCAACUGGGUUAAGAAUAAAGAAAGACUGCAGCGAGGACCAAGAGAAACCAAUCUUCCCGUUCCCUGGGUGAGUUGCCUGCAUUGCUGUGCAGGAAAGAUGCGUGGUAGUCAGGCAGCGGCUGGAAGGGUGAUGAUGAGUUUCCUCGGUGACGGUAUGCCUUCGGCCCCAUUCACGGGUAAAGAAGUAGUCGACACGGGAGUCAGCGUCAAAGAAGAGCUCAGCGAAGAUGUCACCGAUGAUACAUGCUUGGAAAUAAAGGAGGAACCACUUGAUUAUGGAGAUGAACCGAGAAAUGAAGUGUGUAACGUGAAUGUAAUACGUGAAAAUCUUUUCCUUCAUAAUCCUCUUGAUCUGAGACAUGAAUCAUAUGCAAAAGACUCAUGUAACUUGGUUCAGGAUUGUAAUGACAUGUCAAAAGUACCAUUUAGGGCUAAGGACUGUGGGAAGACGUGUUCAUCAGAUGGGGUUCAAGUGAUGUACGAGAGAAGACUGAACGAGGAAACACAACUAAAAGUGGAAUCCACAAGGAAAUGUUUUGCAUGUCAGGUGUGUGGCAAGGAAUUGUCUAAAGAGAGUCACAUCAGGAUUCACAUGGGAGUCCACACAAAGGAGAAGCCAUACAACUUCGAAAUUUUCAAUAAGACAUUCCCAUCCAAAAGUGAUCUAGAAAGGCACGAGAGCUGCGAGAUUUGCAACAAUACAUUCUCAUGUAAAAAGGAUCUGUUGAGGUACAUGAGGACACAUACAAAGGAGAAGCCAUACAGAUGUGAGAUUUGCAAUAAGGCCUUCUCUGAGAGAGGUAACCUAGUAGCGCACAUUAGAGUUCACACCAAGGAGAAGCCAUACAACUGCAAGAUUUGCAACAAUACAUUCUCAUGGAAAAAGAAUCUGUUGAGGCACAUGAGAACACAUACAAAGGAGAAGCCAUACAGCUGUGAGAUUUGCAAUAAGGCCUUCUCUGAGAGAGGUAACCUAGUAAGGCACAUUAGAGUACACACCAAGGAGAAACCAUACUGCUGUGAGAUUUGCAACAAGGACUUCUCAUAUAAAUGUAGUCUAGAGAUUCAUAUGAGAAGGCAUAGAAAGGAGAAGACAUACAGCUGUGAAAUUUGCAAUAAGGCCUUCUAUUCGAAAAGCCAUGUAGUAAGUCAUAUGAGAGUGCAUACAAAAGAGAAACCAUACAGCUGUGAGUUUUGCAAUAAGGUUUUCUCACAGAAAGCUAGUCUAGUGAGACAUAUAAGAGUACAUACAAAGGUGAAGCCAUACUGCUGUGAGAUUUGUAAUAAAGCCUUUGCUUUGAAAGGUGGUUUGGAAAAGCACAUGAGGGUACAUACAAAGGAUAAGCCAUAAGCCAGAUGCUUCUUAUAUAUUAAAAGUUAUCUUUUUCUGAUUUGUGUUGUAUAUGUUAUUCUUAAUAUGUAGUUUUGUCUAGUUUGAUCAAGUUUUCGCAUUAUGAUUUGUGUCUCCAUAGACUUUUUAUCCAUUUGCAUGUAUGCCUGCUGUCACUGACCAGGGGUGAUUAGAAAGAUGGCUAUAUUUACAUCUGUUUUUUUUAUUUAUCUGUGUAUAUGUCAUAAAAUAUAUUCAUCGGCAAUC